GCCGACUAUAGAUGCCGCAUUUGACAGCCGGCUUUCAAGUGUUGUACUUGUCUACUAGUCACAUUAUUAAUACUCAGUCGUUUAUUAGUCCAGCACACCAUGGCUAAGGUCGAGAUCCCGAAUGUAAAGCUGAACAACGGGCGGGACAUGCCUGCCCUCGGAUAUGGGACAUGGAUGGGAGUCAAUUCCCAGUUCGUAUUCGAAACUACAGAAAUCCCAAAAAUGGAGGAUUGUCUAUCGUACGCCAUCGACAUCGGAUAUCGACAUGUCGACACGGCUCAUCUCUAUCGUGUCGAGCCUGAAAUCGGCGCUGUGAUCAACAAGAAGAUCAAGGAGGGUGUUUGCUCGCGGGAAGAUUUGUUUGUCACCACUAAGGUGUGGCAAGACCACCACCGUCCGGAGGCCGUGGUGGAGUCCUGUCGAGCCUCUCUUCGUCGCAUGAACCUGGACUACGUCGACCAGCUUCUGAUGCACUGGCCAAUGUCCAUCAGCGAUGAAGGUGUUGACGAGAAGAUAGACUACGUGGAGACCUGGCGAGGAUUCGAGAAAGUAUUGGAGAAGGGGCUCGCCAAGUCCAUCGGCGUCUCCAACUUUACCGUGGAUCAGCUGAAGCGUCUGCUGGCUAAUUGCAAAACCCCGCCGGCUACUAACCAAGUUGAGAUCAAUUUGACUCUCGGCCAAAAAGAACUCGUGGACUUCUGCCAAUCGCAAAAGAUUGUAGUCGUCGCGUACUCCCCGUUCGGAAGAAUGGUACCGAGUCGGGAGACUCCGAAUAGUCCAGAGCCGAAGCUGAACAACCCCACAAUGGUUGCUAUCGCCAAGAAGCACGGAAAAACCGUCACGCAGGUUACAUUGAGAUACUUGUAUCAACGAGGAAUAGUGACCAUCCCAAAAACAGUCACAAAAAGCAGAGUUCUUGAGAACGCAUCGAUUUUCGACUUCACACUUGACAAAGAAGACGUGGCGGCGAUCGCAAAAUUCGACAUCGGCUCUCGUACCGUUCGGCCGAUCUUCUGGCAGGACUUUACGAAUUAUCCAUUCGACAAAGUCCCAUUGGAGAAAAAUAUGGAGAUACCUCCUGCUUUCCUUAAGUGGAAGAAUGGAAAGAAUUUGAACAUUGAUUAGAUUUUAAGACUUUCGUGGUUAUUCACUAGUAUCAGGUUUCUUACCACGGUAUGACUUCUUUUU